AGAACUAACGUAAACGUGAUGCCAGUAUUAUCAACUACUAAUAAAAGAUGAAGCGAGCAGAUUUGAACAUGGAGGUUUGCCCAAUACCAUUACCGCCGCGAUCAUCCGUCGUACCAACGGCAACCACGGCAUUUCAACGCAUACCAGCAUCUCCACCAAAUGGUGAAAGAAUGGGCACUAAUUUUACGCGUAAACUACAAGUUGUGAUCGUCAUCGAUCAGAAAGUUCAGAAGAAUCUCAAAGUCCGUGAGAUGGCACUGAAAGAUGUACAAAAUGUUGCUGACACGCUAAAUGUCAAUCUUACGCAAAUCGAUUUUGAUCGAUUGGAUUUUGGAGAGGCAAACGCUUUGGACACAUUCUACAAUGCCGAUGUAGCACUGGUAGAUGUAACUGUACAACAGCAACAACCUAGUCUGUGCUAUCAUAUUGGUGUGCGUGAGAGUAUGAAUCAGUCGUACAACAUCCUCAUGACAUACAUAGCUCCGGACUCGGAAUAUCACAUCAUCGAUGCGCUCAAGAAAACCCAUGCCCACCUUCCGAUGAUCGUCUAUAUGAAAUUCCCAGAGAGUAAUACGCUGCAAUCGUAUGAUCGAAAUAUGAACCCAAGCAAGCGUGAUGUUGACGAUGAUGCAAAGUUCAAAAGUCCGAACAAAGUCACAUUUAAAUCGCGUCUAAAGGCAUCGUUGAAAAGUGUGCAAAUCGAGGCCAGUGCACAUUCUCGUGAGAAAUUCUUAUCUGAUUUACGAAAAGCUCGCGAAAUUACCGAUGUGAACGAGACGAACGAUUUCUUGGACAAAAUGCGGUGUCGACUCGAUAAUCCCGACGUACUUUCUGUCGAUACCGUACACCAAUUGAUGAUCUCGUACAGAGACAAUCAGAACUACAAUGGCAUGAUCAGUCUUGUCGAAGACCUUAGCCGUAUUGAAGACUGCACCCUUAUCGAGACCCAAGUCAUACGGUAUCAAUUUGCAUUCGCCCUAGCAAGGAGAAACAGGGAAGGUGAUCGCGAACGUUCGUUGAAUACCGUGCUCAACAUCAUCGAAUCAACAACCGAUAAAGAAGCACUCAGCCCGGAUGUUAUAUGCUUGGCAGGUCGAAUUUACAAAGAUAAAUUCAUUGCGAGCAAUUAUGAAGAUCGUGAAGCACUAAAUAAUGCGGUAUCAUGGUACCGUAAGGCCUUCGAAAUGUCCCCGCUAGAGCAUAGUGGAAUUAAUCUGACAACAUUGCUUCGAGCUAGCGGCGAACACUUCGAGAGCAAUGCUGAGAUGCAACAAAUCGCUGUUGUGUUGAAUUCGCUACUUGGACGAAAAGGCGCUUUACAUCAACUGACUGACUAUUGGGAUGUCGCCACUUAUUUUGAGGUGUCUGUGCUCGCCGAAAACUACCAGAAAGCUUGUGAGGCGGCCUUGAAAAUGGCUAUGCUGAAACCGCCAGUUUGGUUCUUAAAAUCCACUAUGGAAAAUAUCAAGCUGAUCAAUCGAUGUGCCGCUACGAUAAGUCCAAUAGAAAAGGAGAAACAACAGUUCCUGUUUUGGUCAGAAUUCUUCAUGGAAGCGAUUGAUUCUGAAAGCGAUGUUACUUGUGCCAGAUUCCCAGUGUUGAUUCAGGAACUUACAAAGCAAUUCACACCAUCCUACCUAACCCUGAAUGUUACCGAACGAUCGAUGAUUUUGAGUCAUGUGCUUGAAAAUAGCCAACAGAAGAAACCGCCACCUGUUUUAGGUAUCCAUCGAUGGCACUUUACCGCUGGCAACAUCAAAGCCGUCUCAGCAUCGAAACGUGAUGAUCGGUCAAUGUUCCUUUAUGUGCACGAGAACUCGGACGAUUUUAAUCUGGUCUUCCCAUCGGCAGCACAUUGCAAUAAGGUAAUUAAUACCCUUAUGGAAAUGACCGAAGCAGAUGGCAAUCAAGGCAAAGUCCUUUCCAACCUGGAUGGAGAAAAGAUGCAUUUCGAGUACGAGUUGAACUCAAGUGGUGAUCGUGUCGUGCUUGGAAAAGGUACUUAUGGUGUAGUAUAUUCUGCAAGAGAUGUGACGACUCAGCGACAAAUUGUCGUCAAAGAAAUAGAAGUCAAAUACGAUGAAGAGGUGCAACCGCUCAUGGAAGAGAUCAAUCUGCAUUCAACUCUCAGUCAUCAGAAUAUAGUGCAGUACCUUGGUUGCGACGUAGUGCAUAGAGAUACCGGUAACGAUGUCUUCCUCAUCUUCAUGGAACAUGUGCCAGGAGGAAGUUUAAGUAGCUUGUUGCGCUCCAAAUGGGGACCACUGAACGAACCAGCGAUGGUUCUGUAUGGAAAACAAAUCUUGGAUGGAUUACGGUACCUCCACGAACAAAAAAUCGUGCAUCGUGACAUCAAAGGUGACAAUGUGCUGGUGAAUACGUACAGUGGAGUGUGCAAAAUUAGCGAUUUUGGCACAUGCAAACGACUUGCUGGACUGAACCCGGUUACUGAGACCUUUACAGGAACGCUACAGUAUAUGGCACCCGAGGUGAUCGAUCAUGGACAGCGUGGCUAUGGUGCACCAGCUGACAUCUGGAGCUUUGGGUGUACUAUGGUCGAAAUGGCUACGGGACGACCUCCAUUCGUGGAGAUGCAAAAUCCACAAGCAGCCAUGUUCCGAGUGGGAAUGUUCAAAACCCAUCCGCCAUUGCCUCAGGAUAUUUCUGAAAAAUGUCGACAUUUCAUUAAGAGCUGCUUCGAACCGGAUCCGCUUCAACGGCCGGGCGCUUUGAAGCUACUAAACGAUCCGUUUAUUCAGCAAUAUCAUCACUCGAUCUCCCGAACCCGUAGUGGAUCGAUGAAUAAGAAACAGCUCGACCAUGUCAAACACCGAGAAAUGCUCCGUUCCACGUCACACAUUGGAGGCAUCGGCAUCAGCGAACGCGAAUCGGUCGAGAUGCCCGUCACACCGCAAUCAGCCGUCCCCGAAGAGAAGAAGCUACAUUUGAUGAUUGAUAACAAAUCUAGCCGAACUCGUACGAUAUCAUGUAGUCCAGUGCCAGAUGGUUCGAUGAGUGCCGGAACUACAGUUUCACAUCCUGGUUUCCCGCUUAGUCAACCCUCCAGCCCCAUAGUUGAUGACAACACGCACCCGCAACUUGUCCCAUCACCUUGUAUAAAUCGACCUGGAAACUCAACGUUACUAAAUAGAACAAUCUCGGACGAGAGCGCCAACAGCUCAAAUAGAUUCUUUAUGUUGAAAAAAGAUUCGGAACGGCGGCACACCCUGGCACAAUUUAUGUCGGACUACUCUGAGCAAAUAAUAGACACCUGGAUGCAUGGAAUAAUUGCAUCAAUGGAUAGUGCCGAAGUUGUGGUGACCAUGCACAUGCUAGAAACUUUACUGGAUGGCAUGCGUGAAUUCCUGCUGAAGAAGGAGACAAAGCAUAUCCAAGAUGCACUGGACGAGAUUCGAUGUUUAUUGGAUUACGAUACAGCAAAAAUUUCGCAAGUGAACAUGGCGAUCUUCACAUUUUCGGACUCGAUUCAGCCGGUGCUGCGUCGCCUGGACAUCAAACCUCACUGGAUGUUUGCACUUUCAAAUCUGAUACAAAGUGCUGUGCAGACGGCUAUCUCGUUGUUGAGUCCCGACGUUUCUGCUCAGCUACAUGUCCAAGACGUCAACUCCAUGUCCACAUCACUAGGGCAGCGAACAUCUGUCUCUAGAGAAUCUGGUCCGUCCGAAGUGGAACUUGCGGAAAGUACCAGUCGACCACCGUCGAGGGAAGAACGUCGCGAAGAACGCAAGGAGUAUCUCAAUAACAUCAUUGACACCAAUGAUAAGUUGAGAGAAAAGUUAAUUGAGGCACAAGAAGAAUUGAAGCAACAGUUGAUUUCUGGAAUUGCGCAGACACAAAGCAUGCGUGAUAUGGCAGCUGCGACAGCGAGUCUAAUGUCGACAUGGCGAGGUGGUCCAUGGCGCGGCACUUAUCCGCCAAUAAAUGCCAAUGGUGUCGUGCAUCGAAAUAGCAACAACUCGUCCCCGACCAAAAAUCAUAAAAUCGUUCCAAACCAUGUGGUCGAUGGACAUGUGAGCAGGGCUACGGAAGAAUUGGUCUCUUGGUUGCGCUCUUUGGACGUCGAUGACACUUCGAUACGCUUGAUUGUAGCAGAGCAAUACACCAAACAAGACAUAUUCGAAUUUGUCACCAGAAAAGAACUCCUGAACCUAGGCGUGACAGGCGGAGCCAGUUGCCGCAUUUGGCGUGUUGUCAGUGAAGCACGCGAACGCGCACGCCGCGCUCCCGUCUUCCUCUCCCCUAUGCGAAGCCGCGACGAUUCGCUGGACGACUAUCACUCGUCCAUAGCCGAUGAAAUGUAUACCGUUGCUGAAUUAUCAUAACGUAGAGCCCACUGUACGAGUUUGACACCAAAUGUACGAGUUUACCGCCCACUCUCCCUCCGGUUACGUGUAUGUGCCAUAGAUACAAAGAGAUUUGAUCUUUUAGCGCUUAGUUCAUAUUCCCAGCCUAAUGUCAAUCAUUUCGCGUUAUGUGUGGACGAGUUCCCACGCUAAUGCACGAAAUGAUGAAUUGUUCGUGAUGAUCAUAGUGAUUUUUUUUCAAUUUUUUUUGAUACCCAUAUUAUUUAAACAUUGUUUAUCCGUAUUAGAAUACCGCUUGUUAUGCAUACUGUGCUUAAAAAACCUUGGCGACAAAAUCAAUAAAACCCGCGCGCCUACGUAGUAUAAUAGCAGAGCGACGCUGUUUUAAAUGCUGUUCAGUUCCAGUCUCUACUUUUUUCUCAUCUUGUAAAUGACCUUUUAGAAAUGUUAUUUCAGAUUUUCUAUGUAUCUUAGAUUCGAAAGGGAUUUUUAGCAUUUUUAAAACACUACUCAAUUUUUUGCCAAUAUAUCUGGUCCUGUUAUCUUCUUUAUACUCUUACAUCAAUUUCAUUGUUGUAGCUAACUUGUUAGUUGUUUUGUGCGCGACAUCGCGCGUCGAAAUGUCGCUCGCGCCUAGUAUGAACCCCCACUGCGCUUUGUCAUUAGCUCGUGAGUAGUUGUUUUAUUUGUCAUUUUUUCCUAUUUUGUUUUCCUGUGAUACUCGCGUUUCGCGUAGAAACGCAAAUUACAAGUACGGCUUAUCAUUUUCUCGUCGUCUAUAUGUGCAUGUGUAUAUAUAAUAUACAAUUUAUAUCUGUCUUUUUGAUAUUUCUGGGUUAUGUACAUUAAGUUAAACUUUUUAGAGCGAUAGGAUAUGUAGUUUCUUUUGUGAUUUUCUUUCUAUUAUGUCCCUGUGUAAUAUGUUCAGAUCUGUGUCGCCUGGCUACAACGACAACAGUGCAAAUAAUACUUAUGUUAAUGAAUG